CGCGGAUUAGCAGCCGCAGUCGCGUCAGAGCUGCGCGUGUUCCUCUUCAGUUUCGACCCGAGCGCGAGUGACGGCCCCCCUUUUCAUCGAACCGCAUCUCGCUUUUACGUGUUUAAAAUAGGUUUUGCUGCUCCCCCGUGCCAUCCGAUCAGAGCAUGGAGGUGGGACUGCAGGGCGGCGGCUUUGUGGCGAAUGGCGGGGCGCCCGCCCCGGCGGGCAUCCUGGCGGUCGGUGACGUCCAGCGGACCACCAACAGAUCGCCGGCCAAGAGCGGGUUGCACGUCAACUUCAAGGAGAAGGGCGAGGUGAAGGAGAAGCGCGAAAAGUUCCUCACCGCCAAAUACGGCCACCAUCAGAUGAGCCUGAUCCGGAAGCGGCUGGCCGUCGAAAUGUGGCUCUACGAAGAGCUGAAGAAGCUGUACGAAUCCACCAAUAACAAGAUCGAGGACAGCGUCAGCAACGAGGAAGUGGAGAUCGACAUCGACGAGCUGCUGGACAUGGACAGCGACGAGCACAGACGGCGCCAUCUACAGAACCUGCUGGUGAACGCCAAGGGCUCGCAGAACGAUGUAAAAAGUUUCAUCAACGACCUGCUGGAGAAAGCAAAGACUCUCUAAGUGCCAGUGAAGUGCCAAAAAAACUAACACCAUCCGAGUUCCGGUACUUGUAUCAAAGACUGCGGUGAGACUGCGAGUCGACCGGGCGUCAGACCGGGACAAAUUGAUGCGCCAGUAGCCCCACCACCUAGUCCUUAAGCAGCCUCAAGUCUCAGCCAAAGCCCCCCCAUGUAGUCGUAAAGCGCGCAAAUGGGGCCCCUGUUGUCUAACCAAAUUGCCCUUAAAUAGUCAUAUCACAUCGUGUUAUGUGGCGAAUGAAUUGUUUUCUGUUAAUUGUCGGCUCUUAGCGCGUUGCGUUAAGAUCUCCUCUGUUUGCUGUAACCAGUCGAGUCCUUGCGUUGAGGACUUUUAAUAAUAAAUUGCCUAUUGAGUA